UUCCAUUUUGGUAGCUUCAGCCCUGCAGCUGCUGUGUCUCCUCGUCGUCUGGGAAGAAAACUUUCACAUUAAGAGUUGCUGAUCCCGGUCUUCUUCCUCGCCUCUCUCCGCGUCGAUGCGUGCUGGGCUCCUGACAGAAGCCAUCUGGCGCUCAGCUCUGUGGUUCGGAAGAAGUCGGGUCCUAUAGGUUUAUUUUUUUCCCCCUAACUCUCCAUUGAUGUGUUGAGCUUCCGAGGGAAUCGUACCUUCCUGUAAAGCAUGUUGCCUUCUCAAGGAGUCCUCCUGCAUCCUUAUGGCGUGCCAAUGAUCGUUCCAGCAGCCCCUUACUUCCCCGGACUGAUCCAGGGUAAUCAGGAAGCAGCCGCUGCCCCUGACACCAUGGCUCAGCCUUAUGCUUCGGCCCAGUUUGCCCCCCCUCAGAACGGCAUCCCCGCGGAAUACACGGCCCCUCACCCCCACCCCGCGCCAGAGUACACGGGCCAGACCACCGUCCCCGAGCACACGUUAAACCUGUACCCUCCCGCCCAGUCGCACUCGGAGCAGAGCGCAGCGGACACCCUCAGCGGUUUUCUCCUGUCCUUCUUCCUUUGUUCUGGCAUUUCCCUCCCAUUUAGAGGAAGCAAAGGCACAUUGGAACGAACCUUCGGGUCCACUCAGAGCCUCUUUGCUUUGCUCUUGUUCUUUCAGCAGACAGAUGACGCGGCACCCACGGAUGGCCAGCCCCAGACACAACCUUCUGAAAACACGGAAAACAAGUCCCAGCCCAAGCGGCUGCAUGUCUCCAACAUCCCCUUCAGGUUCCGGGAUCCCGACCUCCGACAAAUGUUUGGUCAAUUUGGUAAAAUCUUAGAUGUUGAAAUUAUUUUUAAUGAGCGAGGCUCCAAGGGAUUUGGUUUCGUAACUUUCGAAAAUAGUGCCGAUGCGGACAGGGCGAGGGAGAAAUUACACGGCACCGUGGUAGAGGGCCGUAAAAUCGAGGUAAAUAAUGCCACAGCACGUGUAAUGACAAAUAAAAAGACUGUCAACCCUUAUACAAAUGGCUGGAAAUUGAAUCCAGUUGUGGGUGCAGUCUACAGUCCCGAAUUCUAUGCAGGCACGGUGCUGUUGUGCCAGGCAAACCAGGAGGGAUCUUCCAUGUACAGUGCCCCCAGUUCACUUGUAUAUACUUCCGCAAUGCCCGGCUUCCCGUAUCCAGCCGCCACCGCCGCGGCCGCCUACCGAGGGCCCCCGCCCCCCGAUCCCGGCCUAACGGCGGUGUUGUUUACCAGGAUGGAUUUUAUGGUGCAGACAUUUAUAGUAGUGUACCAAGAGCCUGUGUAUGGCAAUAAAUUGCUCCAGGGUGGUUACGCUGCAUACCGCUACGCCCAACCUACCCCCGCCACUGCCGCUGCCUACAGUGACAGUUACGGACGAGUUUAUGCUACCGACCCCUACCACCACACACUUGCUCCAGCCCCCACCUACGGCGUUGGUGCCAUGAAUGCUUUUGCACCCUUGACUGAUGCCAAGACUAGGAGCCAUGCUGAUGAUGUGGGUCUCGUUCUUUCUUCAUUGCAGGCUAGUAUAUACCGAGGGGGAUACAACCGUUUUGCUCCAUACUAAAUGACAAAACCAUAAAAACCUUCCAAUGUGGGGAGAAAGGAAGCUUUCCGAGGCCUGGGUAUUGCAAUACAUGCAGUAGUGCAUCAUUUUAGCAUCUAAAAAAAAAAUGAUAAAAAAUAAAAAUAAAAAGAGGAAAAAAAUUACAUUUUUUAUCUUAUACCUCAGAUAUUUUGUUCUGUGUAUUUUAAUAUUGUGGGUCUUUCAUUUCUGAAGGUUCCGUAGUUCGGUUGCUGGCUGUAGGAGUUCUUGUGGUUGAUCUAGAGAGAUGCUAGCUAUGAAUCGAAACUGGUGUUAGGGCCAUAUCCAGAGUGCUAUAUCAUGUAAAUGAAUUCUAUAUGCUGAAUAUUAAAGCUACUGGGGUUAUCAGCUGUUGGGAAGAGUGUAAGUGACUACAGUAGUCAUGUUUUUUCUGCAUCUGCAUUAUUUUAUUUUAUGAAAGGGGAAGGGUGGGAGGGACCUAGGGGAUUGGGGCUGGGUUUUGGCUGAAAGAAAAAAAAAUAUAGUAACUGAUGAAUCUAAACGACCCACUGCACCAACGACCAUGUAUAUAUAUAUAUGUAGAUAUAUUUCCCUAUAUAGAUAUAUCUACAUAGAUAUAUGUCAGUGAUUCUAAGUUACUCAUUGUCGGUUCAAGCCAAAGGUUACCUUGUUAAGGGGGUGAUGCUAGAGGCACUUUGCAUCUGAGCUGAAUGAAGCUGUGCAAACCCGCCCUUUAAACCAUUCCACCCGACAGUAUUCAGCUUCUUAACCAGCCGCUAGUUAUCUAGGCAAAAAUUGCUAGUUAGGCUAUCAAUGAGCAUUCUUUUUAUAUUUCUUCCAGUAUAAUAAAUUAUUGAUAUCAUUGCUGACUUUUAUAUUAUGGGAGGGAAAAAAAAUAACAUUAAUAAAAAGGUGAUAAAAAGCACUGUUUCUAUUUUUUUCUUUUUUUCCAAAAAAAAAAGAGAAAGUAAUAAAAACUUAAAAUUCUUUGUACCAGUUAAAAAAGACAAAUGUAUACAAUUUACAUCUGUGCAGUGGAGUUGUUCAGUUCUAGAAACAGUCUUAAUGAAGCUUUUAGUUUUAGCCGAGUAGAACAACCGUUAGAGACAGACGUAUCAUUUUUAUGGAAUCACGUGAUAAUCAUAUUCGGAUUUCUAGACGCCUUUUACAAGUAUUGCAGUCAUUGGGUAGAGGUCAUCACGGUAUUUUCAUCAGCUUGGUACUUUUUGAAACAUGUCUGUUGUGUAAGCAACCUGCAAUUUUUCAGUUGGUGAGAGCCUGCCCUCCCAUCCUUCCUGGUCCCCAAGGAUUCUCUCAAAUCAGUAUCUUGAGGGGUUUUUUUUGUUUUUUGUUUGUUUGUUUGUUUGUUUGUUUUUUGUCUCCAAGGCCUAGGACACUUGUCAGAAGGAAGCAAAAAAGUAGGUCCACCUUCGACAUCCCCAAAGAACAAAGUUCCCCCCCAUCCCACACCUCUGAAGCAGGGUCAGAAAUGACAGCCGAAAAAUUGCAGUUUGUACUUCUUCUGUUUGAAGUCUUUCCAUGUUGUCCUGUUUACAAGUUAAUCUCAGUUGGGGUAUCUGUCACGGAUCUUCCUGUUUUUGUAUUGAAAUUAAAAACAAAAAAAAUCCUGCAGCAAGCUGUCCCCAGUAGUUUUGCUGCCAGAGUUCAAAUCUCCAUGUGUAUCGUGCAGGCCGUAUGGUGUGCACUUUAGUAAAGCUAUCAACUCACCGCUGUGAACCUGCCAAUCCGCUGUAACAACUCUGCUUUCAAACAAAACCAGACAAAACUUAAAAAAAAAAAAGUGUUUGUGAUCCAGCUUUCUCUUGUCAUCCUAUGUGCAUGCAAUAAGAUCGGUUGGAUAUUAAACCAUCAAUAAAGUUUCACAAGAUUUGAAAACAAAGUUUCUGUAGCUUCGCUAUCUAAGACAGAUCACCGUGAUCUUGAAAAAAAAAAACGCAAAAAAAAAAAAAAAGAGAGAGAGAGAAACGGGGGAAACUGCG